ACCAGACUCUCUAGUUACACAGUUCCCCAACAAGAGCUAGGAUGGAUAAGCCCACAACCGCAUCCAGUGGCUUUACCCCAACGGUGGAGAACCCAGAGGUGGAGUCAGAUUUUCUCCGAAGUGUGCACGCUCUUCUCCGAGAACUUGAUGGUCACCAUCCAGCCUUCCAGAGCGAGCGAGGGAUGCUGCGAUGGACAUUGCACAAGAAAAUCGACAGAAAUCCAAGCAAUGGAGUCCUCUUGGUCAAAAUCUUGGUGAAAGAAUUGGAAAGGGCAGAAAGAUGUGGCUAUCGACAAUAUAUCAUCCCUUUGCUUCAUACGCUGAUGUACACAAUGGUGAAGGCACCCAGCAUUCCUGAUGAUUUGUACGAGAGGGUGUAUGAUUUCUGCAAGAAAUUACUUACCCUGCCCAAACCUUACUGCACCAUUGGACUGCACUAUGCUCGGCAGUUAAAACUGGAAAGGACAGUACCAGGAAUAUUAUAUCAACGACUGGUCUCUGCAGAGCAAAGCCUCAAGAAUGACUCAUUCCCUUAUCAGGAAAAAGUUUUCAUGUUUGCCGAUCCAGAGUUGCUCUCUGAGGCUGUCUGCAGGGCAAUUGUCACUGAAAUCAAGGCUGCUCGGACAUCCCAGUGCACCAGGUCCUGCAUGAUCUAUGUGAUAGAACAUGCUCUCCAAGAAGGGCUAAAAGAACACUGUGAUUUUAGGACCUUGCAAGCAAUUCUUCAGGCAAAGCCCCUAGAUGUGAUUGAGCACUGUUUCCAGCAGGUGGUGGCCGCCAUGGAACAUGCCGGAAGAGAUAUGAAGGCAGAAUACAACCAGUAUGUUGAGGAACUGAAGAAAAUCUAUAGCACAUUAUUAAGAGCUUCAAAGAAAGAUGUGGGGAAGGCUGCAGCAGAAGGAAGCCCGGGCAUCCCCUUGCCCAGCCCCAACAUCAGCUUCCACUUGUGGACAGAUGAAGACCAGCUCUGGAAAGAGCUAGUGCUGUUCCUCCGCCCGCAGAGUCCGUCCUGUGAGGAGGUCUCUCUGAAAGUACUGGGGAGCUUUGAGCUUCAAGACAUGGGACCUGAAUAUGACAAUGGCUGCGAGCAGGUACGCUUCUCUGUGCUGUCCACCGACAGCGGGAUUGAGCGGGACCUCCCCAUGCCAGAUGAUGAAGUUCCUGAGGCCGAGCGCUCCAGGCUCCAGAGGAAGGGGGGCAUCAAGAAGAGGGCUGCUCCUCUAGACUGCUUAUCACUCCUACAGACUGGCCCCAACGGGCAAGGUGCAAAGCCCGCUGGGAAACUGCACCGGAGAUGCGGAGGCAGUGUCAUGGAACCCAUCGCUCGGAUGAAAAGACUGCACACGGCUCGAGUCUUGGUGCUAGGCGACGACAGAGUUUUGGCGCGCCUUGUCCAGGCCUAUUACUGCUUGAGGAAGCGGGAGAGCAGACGUGCUUAUCUUACACCCAGGCUGAAAGUGCAGUUUUAUUAUGUGCCUGUGAUGGAAGAACAGCCCAGCUCUUGCCCCACAGAGGAAUGCGCUCUGCCUGACCUGACAGAGCCUUGUGAGUUGGCUGCUUAUCUUGGAAGAGUUGAUCCAUGGUACGAGAGCAAUGUCAACACCCUGUGUCACAUGAUUCCGAAGCUGGCCACCAUGCCCUCUUCUUCAAGCAAAACUUCAGUCUCUGAACUGUUCAUCAUUGAUGUGAUUGCAUAUUAUGUACGUCUGGGUUUGCAGCCAGUAUACUUCCAAGUAUACACUGUGAAGCUUGUCUUCAAGAAUGCAGGUCUAGAACCAGCUGAGGACAUCUUCCUCAUAGAACUGCGUGUAGCCCUGGAAGAAUUCGACCCCUCCAGAGACAGUCUGCUGAUGAAGAAGAAAACUACGGUAGAGAUUCCUGGUGCAGAUGUUUCACUCGUGUAUAAAAAGGUUUUGCUGAGUAGCCGCGAGAAAGAGGAGACAGCUGCCUUGCGAUCCACAGGCUUGGUUAUGAAAGCCAUUCCCUCAAAUGAUACCGAAGAUCUGGUGUGCUUGAAUGUCAACAUUGCUGAAAUUGUAAAGACCGCCAACCUCUCAGGACGAUCAUAUUCUCAUGUUACAAACAGGAUUCGAACACGCAACAUCAAAAUGCAAAGCACAGAACAAAGGUCCUUCACUGUGUGCCUGGACAAGGACUCCAGAAGAGUGUACAAGAAUGUGAUUGGCAUUGAAGUUUCCCAAUGUCUGGAACCUAGCUACUGCUUGCAAAAGACAAGAGCCAGGCGGACUAGCUUGCCAGGAGACGAAGAUGUGGGACUGGCCAAAUACUUACCCAAGUCUUUGUUACUUCCCAUUAAUACUUUUGCAGGCAUAAUUCAGUGAAGAAGCCGGCGAUCAAAGCUAUUCAA